AACUCACUAAACGAGAAUAUCAUUGCUUCAAAAUCCAAGUGUCUUAUUAUUAUUAUUACAUAAAAUAAAGAUGGGUGUUUAAUGAGCUGAAAAGGUAUGCUUUUUCUAGAAUUCCAAUUGGAGCAUGCAAUAGAGAGCAGUAAUGACAUACCAAAUAAUAUUUUGUAUAGUCUAUUUUUUAGUGUCUUCUGUAUUUUAUAAGUUUUCUUUAGUUAUAUAAGAGAGAGAGAUAGGAAGAAGAAGAAGAAGAUGAAGAUGAUGAAGAAGUUGAUGAUGUUGCUGUUGCUGUUGCGGUUGCUUUCGUUUUAGACUCUUUUUGAUAUAUAUAUAGGAGCACAAAACGACAGAAUCACAUACAUGUAAGGCCGGCUAUAUCUAUACAUCUAUGUAUAUAGGCCUUUUUCUUUCUCUGUCCUCUCUCUGUAUUUUUAUAGGCUAGGCUUUUUCUCUCUCUCUCACACACACACUACACACAUACCAACCAACCUUUUCCUCCCUAUAAAUACCACAAAUUUUGCUCUGCUUUUUCUUCGGUUUGAUUUCAUUUUCUACUUCACAGUUCAUAGUUUGAAAAAAAAUCACUCCCCUCCCUCUUGUCUCUCUCCUUUCUCAUUUUCAUUAUCUCUUUCAACUUUUUAUGGGGUACUAUCCCUCUUCUCUCUCCUAAUAAGAUUUUAUGUAUAGGGACAUGGAAGUAGACUGCUGAGUGUGAUAUACACAAAACAAUAAAAAAAAAUACAGACCAUCUUUAGUUUUUCUUAUUUGUGAAACUGACUCAGAAAGUGGGGAAGAAGAAGAAGAAGAAGAAGAAGUAGCAAUGGAGUUGGUUGUGUUGAUGCUGUGGUGUUUGCUGUGUGGUGUGGUGUUGAAAUGGGUUCUGAAGAAUGUGAAUUGGUGGGUUUAUGAAGCAAAGUUAGGUGAUAAGCAAUACUCUUUGCCUCCAGGUGACUUGGGUUGGCCUUUCCUUGGCAACAUGUGGGCUUUUCUCACAGCCUUCAAGUCCUCUGAUCCUGACUCUUUCAUGUCUUCCUUUAUUACCAGGUUUGGCCGUACAGGAAUCUACAAGGCCUUCAUGUUUGGUAAUCCUAGUGUGAUUGUGACGACGCCUGAAACUUGUAAGCGAGUGCUGACAGAUGAUGAUGCAUUCAAGCCAGGUUGGCCUCGUGCAACCGUGGAACUCAUUGGAAAGAAAUCUUUCACUGGGAUUUCUUCUGAAGAACACAAGUGGUUGAGGAAGUUAACAGCUGCACCAGUGAAUGGUCAUGAAGCAUUAUCAAUGUACAUUGAAUACAUACAAGAUAAUGUUGUGGCUUCAUUGGAGAAAUGGUCUAACAUGGGACAAAUUGAGUUCUUGACUGAAAUUAGAAGGCUAACUUUUCGGAUUAUUAUGUACAUUUUUUUAAGCUCGGAGAGUGAGCCUGUGAUGGAUUCUUUGGAGAGGGAAUACACAAUUCUUAACCAUGGUGUUAGAGCCAUGGCCAUUAACAUUCCUGGAUUUGCUUAUUAUAGAGCUCUCAAGUCCAGGAAAAAACUUGUAGCUGUGUUUCAAUCUAUUGUAGAUGAAAGAAGAGCUAAUAAGAAGGCCAGCAUAGCCACAACAAAGAAGAAAGAUAUGAUGGAUUCUUUGCUAGAUGUUGAAGAUGAAAAUGGUAGAAAAUUGAGUGAUGAGGAGGUCAUAGAUAUUUUAUUAAUGUACUUGAAUGCAGGCCAUGAAUCUUCUGGUCAUAUGAUUAUGUGGACUAUUGUUUUCCUUGAAAAACACCCCGAAAUUCUAGAAAAGGCCAAGGAAGAGCAAGAAGAGAUUGUAAAGAAAAGGCCAUCAACACAGAAAGGAUUGACUCUUAAAGAAAUUCGAGGAAUGGAGUAUCUUUCUGAUGUGAUCGAUGAAACACUAAGAUUGAUAACAUUCUCGCUCACUGUUUUCCGCGAGGCCAAACGUGAUGUGAACAUAAGCGGUUACACCAUCCCCAAAGGUUGGAAAGUCUUGGUCUGGUUUAGAAGUGUUCAUUCAGAUCCUGAAAUAUAUCCAAAUCCAAAGGAGUUCAAUCCUGGAAGAUGGAAGGGUUAUACACCAAAAGCAGGAUCAUUCCUUCCCUUUGGAGCUGGAAGCAGAUUGUGUCCAGGAAAUGAUUUAGCUAAGAUGGAAAUUUCUAUUUUUCUUCACUAUUAUCUCCUCAAUUAUAGGCUGAAAAGGAUUAACCCAGGAAGUCCAGUGAUGUACUUGCCUCAUUCUAGGCCUAAAGACAAUUGUUUGGCUAAAGUUGUGAAAUGCCCAUCUUCACAUGUAUAAUAACACAACAUUGAAACAAAGAGAGAAUGAACACAUUAUUGUUCCAUUUGAUAUGAUGGAUUAUUAUUGAAUAAAAUUUCUUUGUUCUCUUCA